AUGGAUGCCUUAUUAACAAAGUUCAACGAGGCUAGAACUGUCCAAGACGAAGGUCCGUCCCAACCAUUGAAGAGGGUAAGGAUUGGAGACGAUGGUCYUCGUAACGAAUCGAACCCAUUUCAAUUGUGUUAUAAAGAACGCGACUACGGGUCUCAGUACUAUCACAUGUACCAGUACCGUUUGAAGACUUUCAGAGAACGUGUUUUGAAAGAAUGUGAUAAAAGAUGGGAUGCUGGUUUUACCUUAAAUGGGAAGUUGGUCCAAAAGAAAGAUAAAGUACUGGAUAUUCAAGGAAAACAACCAUGUUGGUGCGUGGGGUCCAUAUACUGUGAGAUGAAGUAUAAACCGAACGUGCUGGACGAGGUAAUCAAUGACACCUAUGGCGCGCCGGACUUAACGAAAAGCUAUACUGAUAAAGAAGAGGGCUCCGAUGAGAUCAUGUUGGAAGAUGAAAGUGGGAGAGUGCUUCUGGUCGGCGAUUUCAUUCGGUCUACGCCCUUCAUCACGGGUGUUGUUGUGGGGAUACUGGGUAUGGAGGCUGAUGCAGGGACUUUCCAGGUUCUGGAUAUAUGCUAUCCCGCUCCCUUAUUGCAGAAUCCUUUACCCCCGCAAAACGCUACUUCCCAGACUAAGGGCAAAAUCGCUCUUGUUUCUGGAUUGAAUCUGAAUAACGACUCACCUGAUAGGCUACUUAGGUUAGAAAUUUUGAGAGAGUUUUUGAUGGGAAGGAUUAAUAGCAAAAUCGACAGCGUUUCCCAAAUUGGUAGAUUAUUGAUAUGUGGAAACUUUGUUGAUUUCGACGUGGAAGUUGUGACCAGAGAUGAAUUAACAACUUCUCUUACUGAAUUCAGCAAAUUUUUACACAAUAUUUUACCUUCCAUCUCCGUUGACAUAAUGCCUGGUACCAACGAUCCCAGUGGCAAAUCGUUACCUCAACAGCCUUUCCAUAAAUCAUUAUUUGACAAUUCACUGGACUCUUACUUCGAUGACUCUAAUAAAGAAAUUUUAAAUCUGGUGACAAACCCCUAUAAAUUCAGUUAUAACGGUGUAGACGUUCUCACUAUUUCAGGUAAAAACAUCAACGAUAUCUGUAAAUACAUAAUACCAUCAAAUGAGAAUAUCAAAGACGGUCAAGACAAGGAAGCAAAAGACGAAGAUAACGAAGAUUUCAAGGACGAUAUAGAACAUCGACUGGAUCUAAUGGAAUGUACCAUGAAAUGGCAAAACAUCGCACCUACUGCACCUGAUACGUUAUGGUGUUAUCCAUAUAAGGAUGAGGAUCCAUUCGUACUAAACGAAUGGCCACACGUUUACGUUGUGGGUAACCAACCGAGCUUCGGAACAAGGCUAAUGGAAAUAGGUGGUAAGAACAUAAGAAUAGUAUCUGUGCCUGAAUUCAGUUCCACUGGGGUGGUAGUGCUACUGAAUUUGGACACUUUAGAAAUAGAGACAGUCAAGAUAGACAUCUAA